AUGUCUAACAUCGGGUAUGACCUCGAUACAUCAGGCGGUCUUAUGCCGCUAAUACACGCACUAAUAAAGCCGCCAGACGAGGAAGGGAACUCUCAGAAGCCUAAGAAGCCCCAACACCCUUAUUACAAAAGGCCUGGCAAAGGUCAUAAUCAUGAUUCUUGCGAUGCGUGUGGGGAAGGCGGUGAUUUAAUAUGCUGUGAUCGUUGCCCCGCCAGUUUCCAUCUUGGAUGCUAUGAUCCACCACUAGAUGAGAAUGAUAUACCAGCUGGCUUGUGGUUGUGUAAGGAGUGUUUGGGAUCAGAUGAGAAUAAACCAUCAAGUUCACGCAGCAGCCGGGCACAAUCACCUGCGGACAGCAAGUCUGACACUGAGAAAAAAACUAGAUCACUGCGUAACAAUCGAUCGAAUUCGACCAAAAAGAGAAGCAAAGAUGAGGAAGAUGAAAUUAAGAAGGAACCUGAAGAAAAAGAGAAAGAAAAAGAACUAAGCCCCAUGGAGAUCCUGGUGAAGGCAGCCAAGAUUAUGAAUCCCAGGCAAUUUGAGUUACCAAGGGAAAUGCGCAUACCAUGUCUAUUUCCUGGCACUGAUAAAGAGCACGGUAAGAAUGGCAACGGCUCCCUGGUGACGGUGGACGCGUGGGGCUGCGUGCCGCUGCCCGCGAAGGCGUGCUACGUGUGCCAGGGCACCUGCAAGCUGGCGCCGCUGCUGCAGUGUGACUACUGCCCACUGCUGUUCCAUCAGGAUUGCCUGGAUCCCCCGCUAACUGCUUUACCAACUGGACGUUGGAUGUGUCCGAAUCAUGUAGAGCAAUACAUUGACUGGAAGCUGGUGAACUCGAUCUCGGCUACGGAGCGCGUGGCGCUGUGGGACAAGUUCUCUGGGCCCGUGGACCAGCACGCCAUUAAGAUCGACUUCAUUCGCCGCGCCCGGACCGCCAGGCCCGCCUUCCGAAUCAAGGUACCAGUGGGUGUCCGCGGUCGCGUGAUAGUGCCAGAGAUGGUUCGCCACCACUACCAACACCCACCACCACUGAUGCCCAGUCGCAGGGAGUACGUGCGCUGUACCAGAGUUCAAAAAAAUCGAAAACAGACAGGGUGCUACGACUCCUCAGAAGAAGAACAGACUCGACAAAAACACAAGAUCUGCUUGAACCUGGACUGUCCACAGUAUAGUACAGAAGGCCCACAUGCGGAGUGUCCACAAUAUAAGUCAGAUAAGUGUGAGGGUGACAAAUUGCAACCGGCGACGGAAGAAGAUGCUGCAGAUGAUCUGCACGCCAUCAGCUCUGAACCUAACAUUAAAAUGCCCGAGCGGCACACAGACUCCUCAAGCGACUUGUCAGACUCGGACUUCGAAUACCUCACAGCUUCUGUGAAGAGACGCAAGGUGUCACACAGUGAAGAAAAGAGUCCAAGUAAGAGAGGCAAGAGUGAGCGGCUAGAGUUGAAGCCGGAAGAAAACGUGGAGGAGUUGCUAGCCGUAGUAGAUGAACAGUUGAAGAAAUUGGAUGAAAGAUUAAUUAAGCUGUUGGCGUGGCAGAGGUUACAACAGGUGCUGAGCGGCGAGCAGGCGUGCGGGUCGUGGCGGCACGCGCAGCUGGGCGCGGGCGCGCUGGCGCUGGUGCGGCGCGGCGUGGACCGCGCGCGCCUGGCGCGCCUGGGCGUGCUGCGGCGCGCGCUGCCCUCCGAGCUGCUGUCGCGCGCCGACCGCGCGCGCAUCGCCGCCGCCGUGUGGGGCGCCGCGCCGCCGCCCGAGCCCCGCGCGCCCGCCUCGCCCGGCCACUCGCUCAGCGCCGCCGCCGUGCGCGCCACGCUCUGCGCCAUCGCGCCGCCCCACACGUGA